CUCACACAAACAAAAAAACAAAACCUAUCAUCGCUUAAUACCAGCAUCAUUGUAUAUCCCGUAGCCAAUUAAUAUACCCAAUCUUCAUAUUGAUAUGUCGCUCGGGGCCACUGAAAAGUUAAAUUGGUCCACGGAUGUAUUCGUGGAGUGCUACAAUGCAAUCAAAUACGAUGGGAAUGUCAAUGCUUCAAUCAUCCAAACCAUCCAAAAUGAUUUGUUUUCCCUUUUGAAAACUCCGUCCAAGCAAAGUGGCGCAGGGAAAAUCACCGAAGAGGUGGAAUUUUCCGAUGGGAAGUUCAAGUUAAACUCUGAGUUCAUGGAAGCUGCUACUAUUUUGUCUUCUGAUCUUGAUUUGGAUGUUAUUGCGGCUGCUGAAUUACUUCAUCAUGCCCGAUCAACAGAAAGUUUCCACACUGGUAUCGAUCUUUUGGAUAGUGCAAAGUGUGCAUUCUACACCAGAUUCCAAUAUAUAUUGAAUAUUGCUGGCUUUUUAAUAUCAACAGGGCAAGUAGAAGAGUUACUUUGUGAUGGCAAGAAUAAAAACUUGAACACUUUCUUCGACAACAUAAUCAUCUCUUUUGAAAGGUUAUAUGCACGUUUCACUCGUCUAAAUGAACAUAUUGACAAACAAAAAGCCACCGGAGAUCUUAAUAAUCUCGCCUUUGUUGCAUCUAUCAAGUAUGCCAAGCGUGAACUGUUCCAACUGCAUGAGAUUUUGGCCCAAAUUUAUUACAGUUUGAUUGAUAAAUAUCCAAAACUUAACACAACAAAUACUUACAAGAGAGUACUUGACCACAUGCAAAAACACUUGCAAGAUGAUGACAUCUUUACUGUGCAUUACUUACCAGGUCUCCUUCACUUCAUCCAAAGAAAUAAAACUGAUUCAGAAGUUGAAGCACUUCACAAAUUUACUGUCAGUAGACUCACUUCUGAUUAUUCAAAAAUUAGUAGUCAAUCGACACAACAAUUAGACUUGUCUAAAUCUGGUCUUCCACCUACAGAGGUAGUUCUUUCAUUAAUCUCGCUUACUCAAUUUAUUACAUGGUGUAAAGCUGACCCUUCACGUACUACCACCUACUCUUUUAAAGAUGAUAUCCUCAAGUACAUAGAAUGGUGUGUGACAUAUGGUGCAUUUGAAAAACUUCUUUGUAUAUCAGCCGACACUUCUACUUCUGCCACUCAAUUGCAAUUGGAAGGUAUCUAUGACUUCCGGUCAUUAUUACAAAAAUCGUUCCCAAGAUUGACUCCAUUGAAAUUAAAGUACUCUGGAGCUGACGAAUUGGACCGUAUAGCCAAUAUAAACGGAUUAGCAAACGUGUCAUCAUUGGUCAGCAUUGAUGGCUACUUAAUUUCUGAAUCGUUUAGUAAUGACUUGGUGGCUCCAUUCCUUCACACAUUUUUCUCUGGGUUUGUCAGUAAUGCAGCUGUUAUUCUUACCCUGUUGAGGGACAAUGAAGAAGAUUUCCUUCUUUCUACUAGUGACAGGAAGCCAGAAGGAGAAGAAGAUGAAGGCGAAUUAGAUGAGAAGGAUAGAUUCAACCAAAAGCAAAAGAGUCACCAUGGUGGACAACAAAAUAAUGAAGACCAUUCAAACGAACCCCCACAAUAUGACUUGGAUGAAAUUGCAUCUAGAUCGGACUUGGAACGCUUUUAUUUAGCAUAUGCUUACGCGCACGCAGACCGUCCAAAUAUUUGCAACCAUUUAUGGAGGGAAGAUGGCAAUACCAGUAAGGUGAACGAUCUCCUUGGGUUUAUUUCAUGGGGUGUUACUAACAACACAUCGCCUUUAAUUACGGCGACAUUUCUGAUUUUGCUCGGUUCUCUUUCAUAUGGUGGUGAUGACUCUGCCAAUAGAAUUUGGGAUAUUCUUGUUAACAACAAUAGCAAUACUUUGAAAAAGAAUGAUUAUUCCAAGGUAUCUGUAGAUUCAAUUGCGGACUCAUUGAAUUACUACGUCGACUCAUUGAAUAAGAACUUUAAAGAAGACCUUCAGUUAAAAUCUCAACAGCAAAAGAAAGAUUUUCUAUUUAGUAAUGAAUCGUCAAAUGGUGAUAACACUGACUUCUCUACAUCCCCAAUUCUUAUUGAACUUGCUGAGGACUCCGUGGUAUUCAUUACUGGGUUUAUACAACUUUUGAGUGCCAUUGUGAAAAACCUUUCCUCUUCAAAUGAACGUUCCAGAGAAGUUAAGGCAAGAAUCUUCCACCGUUUCCGGUCUACAAUUACUGAGUUUUUGAUGCUUGACAACUUGAUUAUCAAGACUGGAACUGCAUCCAGCUCGGGAAAUAAUAAGCAAAUAUUUGUUAGUGAUUCAAACAGAGUGGUAUUAUCCAACCUUAUGUUAGAUUUACUUUCGAGCUUUGUUAGAGAGGAUGACACAAGUUUGACUAUCAGAUACGAAGUAUGGGAAUUAUUAGAUAAAUGGAUAUUUCAAGGUCUUCCACUUGAAGAAAAUAAUAAUGGUCUCACAAGCAAUUCUAUUAUCAAUAUCAACAACAACAGCGGCAACAGAAACAUUAUAAACAGCAAUACCAAUAGCAGCAACUCCAACUCAAUUAACAGCAAUAAUAUUAGCAUCAGAGCCAACAACCAAUUCAAUGGAAGGGUAUCACAACUUUUCCAGUUGUCACUCACACAACUCUCCCAAGUGGUAAGCUUUACCAAGCUCGUUACAAAGCUCUUAAGACCAUUGAAGAACGAGAAUAAGGCAUUCAAGCAAUACCGCUUGUUGUACCCAGCGGAUUUAGGAACUGGAUACAGAGCCAAUGGUCAAAUUGGGGUUUGGCCAUAUAUUGAAUAUCUCAUGCUUGAAGUCUUUUCAAACUCAGGAGAACUUUUAGAUUUACAAGAUAGACUCUCACUUCAAGAACCUAUUCUUGAAAUGAUAGUGUUAUCUUUGAAAGAAGUUGACUGGAAGUUCCUUAAUGACGAAGCCCCUGCUACUAUUCGUAAUAACUUUAACCUUAAUGCUGUGAUUGGCAAAUCUUCGGAAUUGGCACUGGAUGGAAUUUCUUUCCAAUUAUUUGUCAAACUUCAUCAUUCUUUAGCUAUUAUGAAUUACUUCUUUGAUGAAAGAACCUAUAGAGCAUUGUUCAAAGUAGUGUCAAUGAAGGAAGAAGACACAACUUUAGCCACAGCAUUGGAAAUCAUUGAUCACUUUUUAGGUCUUCAAGACACUUUCAUUCACAGAUUAAUUCCUGUAUUGAAAAACAAUGAUAUCACCCCUUCAAGUAUCAAUGGUGGACCUAUUGGCUUUGGAACCAGCAUGAGUUUGGCUCUUUCAACCCCAAAGACUGCAUAUGACAAUAUCUACUAUCCUAAGAAUAUCGGUCUCCAAGGAGUGACAGACUUUUAUGAAAUCUUUUUGUUCAACCUCCCGGUAGUGGCUAAUCUUGGACUACUUGUGGGCUCAAGUGAUAUUAACACUGCGAAGGCUGCAAUCAGUAUUCUCCACUAUAUUAGUAGCUCAUCAUUUUUUGUCACCGUCAUUGAUAGAAACUCCACAGACCCAGUUCUUGGAAAGAACAGACUUCUCACAACUUUCAUGAGUAUAGAUGAAUCUGAUGCAAUUAAAUAUGCAUUCAUGCAACAGUUAGAUCGUUCUAUUGAACAGUUCGAAGACUUGGAAGCAAAAUUUUCUAUUUUGAACUUCUUGUUAGAAAAUUUACCUCAAUCUGGGCAUGAGCCAGGGGUUGCUCAUUUCCUUCUCGGAUUUCAGUUUGGUGGCGGAAAUACUCUUGGGUUAGAUACCCGUGACAGUCGCAACACACUCCUCAAGACAUUGCUUUUCGUUUUGAAUUCAUCAUUAAACAGCAUUUCUCAAAUCGACUAUAAUAACGGUAAUAUCCAUGUGAUAGACUUGGCCCCUGCAAAAUUGUCAGCACAUAUUUUGGCAAUCUUAGUCAAAUUAUGCAGAGAUCCAAUUUCAUCUGAAGUAACUCUUAAUUUCUUGCGUAAUUAUGAAAUUGAAUCCAGAAACCUUUUUGCCAAGUUAAUUGAAUGUCAACCAAAAAUUGACUUAUCAACUGAAUGGGCCAGCAAACCAAAUGCAAAGUUUGAUGGUGAUUUACUGACAAGACAUUCAAAUGAAUUUAUACAACGUGAAGGGGGAAGUGGACCAAGUGCAUUAUUUUCAUUCAUUCAACAUCGUAACUUGAUCCUUCAAUAUUUGUCCUUGGAAUUCCAUAGUACAAGCAAGCAAGGUUCACUUCAUCGUAAAGAGGUUUACAUUGAUUUGUUGUUGAAUGGUAAUGCAUUCUUGGAUGGAUCUCCUAGGGUACUUUCUUUCUUGGAUAUAUUGAACUUCAGAUUUGAAAAUUUGGAGACUUCUAAGUACGAAAAGUUUAACCAGAAAUACAAUAUUCCUAUUAUUUUGGAUUACAUGAGACAAAAUCAACAUGUUGAUAGUAUUCUUGAUUUGUCUAUCCUUGAAAAGAUUUAUAAGAUCAUAUGUAAACUGGCUACUGGUCAGCUUCAUAAUAAGGAAAUGAGAUUAUCAUUCUCACAGGAAGUUAUGGAAGAGGGUUCAAAAAUUGCCGAAUUUUUGACAAAGUAUGUUGUUUAUAAUGAUUUCAAGAGAAUUCAAUUAUCAUGUCUUCACUCGUGGGUACAACUUAUUCAAGUUUUACUUACUGAUGGGACCAUGUCUGUGCUUCGCAAAUCCAACUUCAUUCUUGAGAUUUUCCUGGUUAUUUUACCAAAGAUUAAUGAUUAUCUUGAAUUUGAUAUUCAAUUUGCCGAGGAGUUAAUAUCAUUGAGUGUCCUUCUUUUUGACUUAUAUGAGAAAGAUAACCUCAAGGAUACCCAAAGCAUCGCGUUGUAUUUACAAAGAUUAUUUCCAUUGUUCCAAACAUGCAUUGCAGGAAUUUUAUGCUCAUACUCAACUCCUGAAUUAAGAUCUGAUUUGUAUGUUUUGGCGAACAAGUUUUUGCAGAAAUCCUUUGAAAAUAAUGAGAUCCUCAAGAGUUUGACGCUUUCUAUCAAAUCAGUUGACUCAAAAUUUAUAGACAUUGUCUGUAAUGAUUCUAUUUAUGCCGAGGGUUCCCCAAGAGUAACCUCACUCUUGCUUUUGGAGUCAUUAAUCCAUAUUUCAUCCAAAAGUCAAGUAAACUUUGUUUUGGAAAGACUCAUUAAGAAUAACUCACUUCUGCUUCUUGUGAGAUCCAUCAAGAGAACAGAUGAGAUGAUGAGUCUUUGUUCUAGUGACCAUGUUGGCUCAUCAGGUGUAACAUUGAAUAAUCUUUUGUAUGAGCUUACUGCUUUCAAGGCUACAAUUUAUCUCUUGUUACGUAUUUCUGCAACUCGUUUAGGUGCAUCUAAACUUAUGCAAUGUGAGCUUUUCCCAAUAAUUAAAAACUCAAAGUUUUUGUUGAUUGACCCUGACUUGGGAUUGAACUUGCAUUUAGAUGAGUCGGAAGUCAAUGGCGUCAAGAUUCAUUUAUCUCUAGAUACUCCGUUAUCCUUAUGUGAUAGCAAUGGCGAUGAAAUUCAAAGAAAGGAUGAGAUUUCGUACUAUGAAUUUUUGGUUCCUGUCUUUCAACUUAUUACUGGUGUUUUAUUAUCAAUGGGCCCAUCGUAUAAACCAAGCAUUACUCAAGGUAAGGAUAUGUUGCAUCACUUUAAACAACUUGCCGUUGGUGUAGUCAAAAGAGAUUCUAUGAUCGAGGCCAAUCAAAAGCAAUCUAAGAAGUUCUCAGAAGCAUAUUCUUCAGAAAGCUUGUCAUUCCUCGGAUUACAAGAACUUGUGAAGUUAAUUGUGCUUUUGGAUACUUUGGUUACAUAUGAAGAAGUAUAGAUGAUAUAGAAAAUUUUAAUAAUAAAGAUAUAAAUAAUAUGAUGUAAUAAUAGA